GAGAAAAGGAAGCGCCAAACUGAGAUGGAGAACAAGCGGCGGCAGUUAGAAGACGACCGGCGGCAGUUGCAACACUUAAAGUCCAAGGCUUUGAGGGAGAGAUGGUUGCUGGAAGGAGCCCCAUCGUCCACAGCAGAGGAGGGGAAAGCCAUGAAGAAACAGAUGGAGGAGGAUGAUCUGAAGGCGAAGGAGCUGGAAGAGAGCAUCCAAAGGUUAGAGAAGGAACUGGAGCUACUGGAAAAUGGCAUUUCAGCCUCAUCCACCAAAGAGAACAUGGCCGAGGAGACCCGAGAGUCAGCCAAGGAAGAGAAACUGCAGCUCACACCAAAGACUGCUGUGGGCUCAGCCAAAGUAGAGAGCAAGGUCUCCAACAGCCCCAUGAAAGCAGUGGACAGCGGCGGGAUGAUGAAAGCCGUCUUAAACCAGAAUGGAGACUGCGGUAAAGAAACAGAAGAAGACGAGGACUCGGAAGGGCAGCCAUGA